AUGCCCAUUCUUAAAAGCUUCAGCUUGCCUGACUCUGAGUCAGCUCUCCCGGUGGUCCAGGAUAAGCCUCUCUUUGUUGUGUUUCUAUCCCCUGACGACCCCGAGACCAAACAACCAUGGUGCUCUGACGUCCGCGCAGCCUUGCCACUACUGAAUCAGACAUUCUCUGGACCUAGUAGCCCAGAGGCAGCCUACAUCGAAGUUGGUCCCAGACCCGAAUAUAAGAAGCCAGACAAUUAUUUUCGGACCAAGUGGAACAUUCACAAUAUCCCAACGGUAGUUCGAUAUGAGUUACGAGACGGAAAGGUCCAGGAGAUUGGAAGGCUUAUCGAGAACGAGGUUAUUGAAAAUAAUAACCUUCAGUCGCUUGUCUCUCGGUAA